UGUUUGGAGAUCCAUUUAGUCAGGAACUCCGAAAAAGAAAAAAAGUUGUGAACUACGUCGGGAGCAGGAAUGUCUCAAACGACGUAGUAAUCAUGAACAAAGGGUGGCUGGAACUAGAAAGUGAUCCUGGACUGUUCACACUGUUGGUUGAAGAUUUUGGAGUCCAAAGUGUUCAGGUGGAAGAGAUCUACGACUUGCAGAAAACCAUUGAUGGACCUGUUUAUGGAUUUAUCUUUCUGUUCCGUUGGAUUGAGGAACGUCGAUCACGACGGAAGACUGUCACAGAGGAAGAAAGCUUUCUUCAGGAUGAAAAUGUUGUCAACAGCAUAUUUUUUGCCCAGCAGGUGAUUCCCAACUCCUGUGCUACCCAUGCCCUGCUCAGCGUCCUGCUGAACAAUGACAGGGUCAAGCUCGGCUCAACUCUGUCAAAAUUAAAGGAUUUUUCGAAAAACAUGAGCCCUGAGGACAAGGGGUUUGCAAUCGGUAAUAUGCCUGAACUAGCCAGUGCCCACAACAGACAUGCCAGACCAGAGCCCCGACAUCUACCGGAGAAACAGCAGGGAAUUUCUACGACAAAAACGAUGGAAGCUUUCCACUUUGUUAGUUAUGUACCUAUUGGGGGUCAUCUGUUUGAGCUGGACGGUCUGAAGCCUCACCCAAUAGAUCAUGGUCCAUGGCGUAAGGACGAGUACUGGACUGAGAAAUUCCGUAGGGUGAUAACAGAACGUCUAGGGAUGGCCACUGGAGGAGAGCCGUACCAUGACAUCCGCUUUAACCUGAUGGCGGUCGUACCAGACAAAAGACAGCUUUACGAACAGAAGCUGACCACCCUGAAGACUAACAGACAGAUUGUACUAGAGACAUUACAACAGUGUAAUGUCACGGAGACAGACUCUGGGCUCCUGGACUCGAAGAUGGUUAAGGUUACUACACCAGGGCUGUCUGCAGCUGAGAAAGAGAAAUAUAUGGUAGCGGUCAAGAAGCACGGUCAGCUCCCAGAUGUUAUUGUAACAAGGGAGACAACUUCUACAACCUUUACUAUAGACACUAACAGUGCUACCAAGACAACAGUGGUGAAGGCAUGUCCCAAACAGGAGAGUAAUGUAGGGGAUAAUGUGGAGGACACUAGUGCUAGUGAGAGAGUGACCACCACAGACAUAGAGGGGGGGAAAUGUGAUACACCUGCUGCUACAGACUCCGAACCUUCUAGAGACGUCACUACACCUCUCACCAUAGAGACCCAACUAAGUGGGUCCUCGCCGGGGCCAAGCAGUGAGAGUACCGACACCGCUUCAGAGGCUGGAAGCUGCUUCAGUUCUCCAAACAGUACUCUGUCCUCCUGUAAUAGUCCUCGGCUGGCUGGAGAGACAUCCCCAGGAGGGACAAAGCGAGAAGGAGAGUCCAGUCACGGCCGACACAAACAUCGGUUCAGCAGUAACCAGGCGUUUACACCAAAGGAUCUUUUGGCUUUGCUGAAAAAUGUAGAAAAUGAAAUCGCUCUGUGUGAGACUAAUCUAAAGGAUGAGAUUGAAAAGAAAAGAAAAUACCAGAUUGACGACUGUCGACGAACACACAACUAUGACCAGUUCAUCUGUACAUUCCUGUCAAUGCUGGCCAAGGAAGGUCACCUUGCUGACCUUGUCCAACAACAAGUUUUGGCCAAUAAGCGACACGGCAGCGUCAGCUCCGGACGAAUCACCAAAGUGUCUUUAAAUGAUCGUCGCAAACGGGCACGACCAAAAAAACGACGGUGAAAUUAUUAUCAGUGAACUUGUCAAUAUGUCUAAUGUAUGUGAAGAAAACCUGUCAUUUGACUCCAAGAGUAACACAAUCUUAGGCUUGAGCUUCAUAUUGUUUUAAUUAUACAUAAAACAUGUUAAUUUUGAAUUGAUGUCUUUUGCGUUGUGAGUGUUACACCUGGUGUGUAACCUGGCUAUUGUGACAAAAAUUGAUACUGAUAUGCAGAUUUUUUGUUGACAGCAUUUUUCGUAUUGUAAAGCAUUAGUUUAUGUUGUUUAGCAUUCCAAGGUAUUGGCUUUAUACUCAAUACUCAACAAUAUCUAAUUCAGCAUCUCACAAACAAGUCAACACUUACUGGACAUAGCAUUGGAGUUCAAGCAUCCAUCCAUGAUCAGUUAGUUGUCUUCUGUUUUGAAUUGGACAAGGAAGCUGAGCAGAAUUUGUAUAAUAUUGGUAUUUAAAAGUUUUAACACAUGAUGCAGGCAUUGUGACAGAAGUUUCGUCCAAUUUAAUAAGGGUGAUUGAGGGAUGAGUUGAAGGAAGCUGAGAGAAAUCUGUUGAAUAAAAUGUUACAUUCUAGGUAUGUAGAUAUACAUUCUAGGUAUGGUAUGUAGAUAUACAUUCUAGGUAUGUAGAUAUACAUUCUAGGUAUGUAGAUAUACAUUCUAGGUAUGUAGAUAGGAGUGUGUGUGCAUGGUCCAAGUGAGUAUACUCGUGAGCUUUUCUAGAAUGUUAGGAGGAAGAUUGUAUAACAGGGUGAAAGUUAAACUGCUAUUUUGGCAGUAAUUGAAAGUGGAGAAUACUUUUGUCAGUUAAAAAGUGUUAUUGUAAUACAAAUGUACAGGUAAUAAGAAAAGUUGAAAGAUUCGAGGGGAGAAAUCGAUUUGCAUGUUGAGAGAGUAAAACAGGAAGUUUUGUAGGUGCUAAUUGUGCAGUGUAUCAGAAAUAUGCAAGAUUGAUACAUGCAUUUAUAUACUGUAUUUGACCUAAUAAACCCCCAAUUUUUUUAGAAGUGCUCUAUAUCCUUUUACUGGAUGGAGCAUUUGAUGCCUUCAUCAUAAUUUACCAACUCUCUUUAAAGAUGUGUCAAUUUUGACCAUUUUUUAAAAAAACUUUUUCCCAAUUUACUAAUCCAAGGACAGUUAUUAGGUCGAAGCGGUAAUAAAUGUGGAAAGUUUUCAAGUAUAAAGUAUUCUCGAGUCUCUUUGUAAUAUUAUCACUUUAUCAAUUGGUAUCUCAUGUUCUGGAUAACCACAAAUGUGUUCUGUUUCUACUUUGCAAGCUAUGACAUUAUAGAUUGCUCUUGAUGCAUUUAGUCAACAUUGAGCUGAGGAUUUGAUGAAAUACAAUGUAAAAUACAAUCGA